AUGCCUGCCUUCCCUCCACCACGAAACGGCAUGGCCUUCUCAAACCAGCCCGGUCCCGUCGGCGCAAUAGCCCGGUUUUGGGCGCGCACGUAUGCUGCUGAUUAUGUCGCAUUGGGGGUUGUCGCGACUGGAUUUAUACUAAUUCGAUUGUUUGUUACGCCGUUUCAUCGAAUGUUUUAUCUGGAUAAUAUGGCUAUUCAGUUUCCGUUCGCAAAGUCUGAGCGAGUGUCGAUGCCAUGGUGCAUCGUCUACGCCGCCGUCUUUCCCGCGCUCAGCCUCCUCCUCUGGGCCGUUAUAUCCCGCCCGUCUGCACACAAACUCCACGUCAGCUUUUUAGGGCUUGCGGUCUCGUUGAUUACGACGCCCGUUUUGACGGACAUCAUCAAAAACGCCGUUGGCCGUCCGCGACCGGAUUUGAUUUCUCGGUGUAUACCCGAAGCAGCCACGCCGGAACACAAGCUCGUGACAUUUAGUGUGUGCACGCAGGCGAAUGAGCAUAUACUGCAGGAAGGAUGGAGGAGUUUUCCGAGCGGGCAUAGCAGUUUUGCGUUUGCCGGCCUGGGGUUUUUGUCUCUGUUUCUGGCAGGGCAAUUGCACGUUUUCCGGCCACGCGCUGAUCUCGGUCGCUGUCUGUUCGCAUUCCUCCCGACACUGGGCGCUUUGAUGAUUGCUAUAUCCCGCUGCGAAGAUUAUAGGCACGACGUAUGGGACGUUACGGCGGGCGCAUUUCUCGGGUCGACCGUGGCUUACUUUACAUAUAGACGGUACUACCCGUCUUUGAGGGAUAGACGAUGCCAUGUGCCAUACGAUCUAGAUGUCAAUGGGGACGGAUUUGCAAAACUGGUGGAUGACGAGGAGAGAUUACUACAUGUCAAUGCGCUGGGUUCAGAGCGUGGCUCUGACCAGGAGUCGCCUAUUCUUAUGGACGCACCACGGAUUUAA